AUGCCGAACCGGUUUGCUUCUAUUUCUUCUUCUUCAGAUAAUAGUCGACCAAUUAGUGGUGGCGGUGGUGGUGGUGCGGCUGAUUACGCACUCUCUAACACAGAAAUCAAGAACCGCUUGGCUGAGAUCCCUGUAUAUAAACUGUCAAACGAUUCACAAGAUAAUAUAAAAGGUAUUUCUGAAUUUGGGGAUAGAAAGAUUGGAUUCUACUUCUUAAAUAAGCCAGAUGCUCUCAAUUUUAAGGAGAGGAUUGAAUGCUCGCCCGACGCUCGAAUCUUUGAUGCUCGACUUACAGAGGUCAUCGAUUUUGAAGGAGACCCCGCUCCCAUAAGGUUGAUACCAGAGUUAUCCGAAGUAAAAAACGCCAUACAGGAAAAGAAGAAACAUAUUGCGGGUUUUUCAGAUGGGGUAUUUGCUGGAGUUCCAGUAUUCCAGUCAGACAGCUUGAUAGUUAAAGGCGAGGGGGAGCAGAAAUAUCGUCCUGCUUUUUUAAGGAAGACGGACCUCGAAAAGGCUCUAGCUAAUGCUAAAGCACCAAAGCAAAGAGGCACUAUUCAGGUUGCUGCUCUCGAAGAUAUAAUACAAGAAAUGAAGGAUUGCUCAACAUUCAAGUGGAAUGAUGUCGUUUUCGUACCUCCGGGUAACAUCAUGGGCAUGGACAUAUUUUUUGAAGAAGGACAACUAAACUAG